CGGAUACUUUGUGUUUCAUCAGGUUCCUUUCACCUGUUCAAGGUGGGGAGCGGACCGCUUUUGGGACUCGGCUAAUCAUUGCAUUUCCCACCCCUCCCCCCACUUUGAUAAUCAUUGUUUACACGUAGGUGGUCACUGGGGGAAGCUGCGUGUAUGUCCAGGUCCUGUCUGGUUGCGGAAGGCCCCGUGUAUGUUUUUUUUAAUCCAAGUGCCCGCAAAGCUUACUUAAAUGUCAGCAAUUUGCGUUUCAGACCGUAACCAGCCCCCUGAAAUCGGAGGCGAAGACUCUGCUGAUUCCAACCCAGCACAGCGCAGAAGCGUUUCACCGUCAGGAAACAGUGACCAGCACAGAUUAGAUUGUGUGAGGGAAGAUUACUUAAACGAUGUGUCUAUUAUUCUGCCAGUUCACAAUGCAGCGAUGUGGUUGGAUGAAUGCCUGCAGUCGGUUCUGGAGCAGGAUUUCCAGGGAUCCAUGGAGUUAUCGGUUUUCAAUGACGCCAGCACGGAUGACUCGAUGAAUAUUAUUAGAAAAUGGGGAACUAAGCUUGAAGAUAGAGGCAUUCAUGUUGUGCUUGGUGGACAUAAUUCUUCACACCCAAAAGGAGUGGGUUUUGCCAAGAAUCGGGCCAUUGCACAGAGCUUUGGGAAGUUCCUUUGUUUUCUGGAUGCGGAUGAUGUCAUGAUGCCACAAAGAGUGAGGCUGCAGUAUGAAGCUGCCCUUAGACACACCAAUUGUGUGCCUCGGACUUCGUGGCAGCAUGGUCCUCCAGGUGCGGUCUAUUCAAAGUACUAUGCAGAUUCGAUAAUUGGUUGCCAAGUUAAGAGAGAACCAGAGGGCUCUACUGAGCGUUACACACGUUGGAUUAACAGCCUGACACAGGAGCAACUAGUUACACAGGUGUUCACUUCCCAUGGUCCUACUGUCAUCAUGCCAACUUGGUUCUGCGCUCGAGAAUGGUUUGACUGCAUUGGGAAGUUUGAUGAAAGUGGCAAAGGUGUCCCUGAAGAUUUGCUGUUCUUUUACCAAAAUCUUCGGAAGGGAGGGGGCAUGUUUCGAGUGGAUCGCUGUCUGCUCCUCUAUCGCUAUCACUCGGGGGCUGCAACACAUGCUGUGUUAGAGGAAACCAUUUGGAAGAAUCGUGUGAGGUUCCUGGAAGAGCGAGUUCUAAGUCGUUGGUCUUUAUUUACAAUCUGGAAUGCUGGGAAACAGGGUAGGAAGUUGUACAGAAGUCUUUCAGCAACCAAUCAGAAAAAGGCUGUGUCUUUUUGUGAUGUGGAUGAAAGUAAGAUAACAAAGGGCUUCUACACUUAUCAGGAGUCAAAGGAUAAGCCAAAGCCAAAAAUUCCCAUAUACCAUUUUACAGAAGCCAAGCCCCCUUUCAUCAUCUGUGUGAAAUUGGACCUGACAGGUGGUGGAUUUGAAGAAAACUUGAAUUCGCUAAAGCUGAAGGAAGGAGUGGACUACUAUCACUUCAGCUAAAGACUUUGCACUACUACUAUAUGGUUGACUUCAACAGUGCCUGCAGGAAGUUGGAAAAUAAUUUGGACUGAUUACAUUACAGUUAAUUCAAUAUAGGGUCCAGUUUAUUUGAGAGCACAUUUCCUUUCAAUGGGGCCUUGCAUUGAUGACAAUGCAUCAUCCUUCAAGGGAUAAAUACAUUUCUGCAGAUGAACAUCGCAGAUAGCACUGAACAUAAUAUUGCCAAGGCAAUUACCAGUGAAGGCCAUGUGAUUGAAUUAAUUCAAGGCAAAGUUAGAUAGAUUUUCGAUAGACAAGGCAGUGAAGGGUUCUGGGGGUCAGGGGAGUCAGGUGGCAAAGUGGAGCUGAGAUCACAACCAGAUCAGCCAUGAUCUUAUUGAAUAUCAGAACAGGCUCAAAGGGCUAAAUGGCCUACGUCUGCUCCCAUGUCUCUAUGUAAAAUUCUGUAUCAGAGAAAGACUUGCAUUUUAUUCCAUCUUUCACAAGCUCAAGAUGACUCAAACACUUUAAAGCCAAAUAAGUACUUCUUUGAGAUGUAUUCUAGCCAGUGACGUACAAGCAAUUUAUUUUGCAGAUACAUUUUCUAGCAUAAUUGUUUACAGUAUUGACAAGACUGAGGAGAUUUCUUUCAUGAUGUUCUUCCUUGGAUAUUGCAUUUUGUAUGGACUUCAAUGUAAACCCACAAUCAUACAAUCCAACUGAGGAGAAAGAACCAUGGUGGGGCAGAGGUGAUCUAACAUGGCCAUGGAUUAUUGUCCCAAGAUUUAUCAGUUAAAAGCAGGUAGAAAGGCUGUUCUACACCCGGGGACCUAGCAGUUUGUCGCAGACCCUCUCCCAUCAGGGAUCUACCCAGUUUACCUGGAUUUUGAAUUCCAGUAAGAGGUGGGGGUCGAGGGGGAGGAUGGUGCGUGAAUCUAAAGACUACCUCCCCACUUCCCCAUGGCAAGACAGUGUAGAGGGGUGAGUUCUUGGGCUCUGCUUAGGCCCUAAAACGUUACCAGGGGAACAGAAUCAAUAAUCCCAAAGGGAUCCCGCGCUCUCCAUUGGGAGCAGACGAUUGAGAAACAUCUUUUUCUUCUGAACUCAAGUCCCAGGCCUCCUCUGCCAUCACAGUGCAAUGGCACCACUCCAGUGGUUUGGCCUGUGCGUCAUUGAAUCACUCUUGCUGAUAAGAUGCACCCACCCCUUCAGCUUCAAUCCAGGCUAAAUGGGCGUUUCACUCCCCCACACUUGUGCCAUCUCCACACCCUCCCGAAGUUCCGAUGAUUCCACCAUGAUAGCUUUAGUAUUUGCUGCUUAUGAAAUGCUGAAAGAAUGCAGAGUUCACAUUAAAGCUGUCAUUGAUCAGAUCAGAGCCAUUCAGAAAUGCCAGACAGCUUGUGCGGCCACGUUUGGGGACAUUCCACCAGUCACAGAGUCUUCCUUGCAAACCUUGGAUAAUUGCAGCUUGGGUCUUGUGUUUCAUCCCGAAUGCUUUCCGGGCUACGCCUACAGUUGUAGAUAUGACACAUCGCUCGAGGAGGUCACAAUCAAACUGGCUGAGCAGCUUUUAGUUGAGGUCACAAUAAGGUGUAUGCUUAUAGUUGAAUCGUUGCACAAAAUGGAGAUGAGAUCUAAAAAAGAGAUUCCAAUCUAGUAAACUCACAAAUGCGUGAGUUAUUGCAAUUAUAUUGUAGACUUUGUUUUGUAUGUUCAGUAUUAUUUUGCCACUUUGUGCUGCUGCCUAUUGACCACACAGCAAGAGCCACUGUGGUAAUAGAUAUUCACAAGCCUUUCAGGAAGUGCCUGGUAUCUCCUUUUAUUCUGAAAGCAUGUAACAUAUGUUUGAUGUCUCUCUUUGCUACACAAUAUGGCUUUCAUCCGAGAAUAUAUCUGUGUACAAUGUCAAUCCUUUGCUUAUUGUAAAAUGAAAAACAAGAAUAAAAGAUUUUUCUAACAUCAA